AUGGUAGUUCAAAGUAGAUGUUUUACAUGUGAGAGAUGUUGGAAAAUAUAUAAAUAUCGAAGGGGCUUAUGGAGUCACCAGAAAUACGAAUGUGGAAAGCCUAGAUCCUUUAAAUGCCCGUACUGUGAAUAUGCAAGCUAUGUCAAAUCAAAUUUAAGAAAACAUGUGAUAAUUCAUGACGUUCUAUUAACGAAGACAACGCAUGCAGUAUUUAGACAAAGUCCAAAUCUUAAUAUCGAUUUACUUCGAAACUAUUCCGUAAACAGAGAAAUUUAUCGUACAAUAAUAAAUUGUUUUAAAUGUGGUCAAUGUUCGAAAAUGUAUAAAUAUCGGAUGAAUUUAGUGAGUCAUCAGAAAUACGAAUGUGGAAAACCACGAUCAUUUAAAUGUCCACACUGUUAUUCAUGUAAUAUAUGCUCAAAAAUGUAUAAAUAUCGACCGAAUUUGUCACGUCAUCAGAAAUACGAAUGUGGAAAACCACCGUCAUUUAAAUGUCCACACUGUGAAUAUGCGUGCCAUGUUAAAUCAAACUUAAAAUCACAUAUAAUUUGUCGACAUUCUAAAAUCUAUGAAUAAAAAAUUUUUAAUUAUUUUA